UUACUUUUGAGGGUAGUAUAAAGAGUUUCCAGCUGCUAGAGCUCUAUUGACACCUCUGAGAAACAGAACUAAUACUAUUUGAAUGAUGCUAUGUACCGAGAAACCACUUUCACAUAUAUCAUGUCAUUUCAUCUUCACCCCACCUCAUAAUGAGGUAGGCAGAGCUUAUCCCUAUUUCAUGGAUGAGGUAACUGAGGCUCAGAGAGGUGACUUGCCCAAGGUGACUCAACUAGUAUGUGGGAGAGAUGAGAGGCAAAUGCAGGUCUGAUUAUCCCAAAGUUCUUAUUGCUUCAGAUAUACUUCUUUGACUUCAGAAAUUCACAAAUGAAAUAAGAAGACCGGAGGUCAGGAGGCAGAACGCUUGGGUUCUGGAAGGAGAGGAGUGGUCUCUCCUGGAGGGGUGAAGCACAGCCAGGGGUAGAAGACCACACCCCUUGGGGGACUGUGGCAGACUGAUACUUGGGACACCCAAUGGAAGACUGUGAGGUCAGGGGCGGGGCUAGCUCCAGAGUAGGGGGGCCAGGAGCCCCAACAGCAUUUCAGAGCAUGCGGUGUCCAGGAGGAAGCUACAACCGGCUUGAGUAUGCGGUUCCUCCCUCCCCUUUUCAUCAUGGACCCUACACUGUGGCCUUUCUCUCAGAACCUCUGAGAUUGUUACCCAGGCAAGGCACAAUGCCCCUGUCCCCAACAAGACUGCCUAGUCCCUAUGCUUCUGAUCGGCUGGUACGGCUAGCAGCCAGGCUCCGGCCGGCACUAUGUGAUACCCUGAUCACAGUGGGGAGCCAGGAGUUCCCUGCCCACAGCCUGGUGCUGGCAGGUGUGAGCCAGCAACUGGGUCGCAGGGGCCGCUGGGCUGUGGUGAAAGGCAUCAGCCCUUCCACCUUUUCCCAACUUCUGCACUUCGUUUAUGGGGAGACUCUAGAGCUGCAUCUUGGGGAACUGGGGCCCCUUGAGGAGGCAGCCAGAGCACUGGGGGUACAGUCCCUGGAAGAGGCAUGCAUUAGGGCUCGAAGGGACAUGGCCAGAGAAGAGCUGGGUCCAGGACUGAAGAAACAACAGGAGGAGCUAGAGAAACCCACAGGGGACUCGAUGAGAAGGGUGGGGGACUCUGGGGAGAAGCAGAGACCAGAGAAGUUUGUUAGGGCUGGUGGGAAAGAGCAGGAGACGUGGCACAGGCACAGGCCACCAAGAGAGAGCCCUGAGAUAGCAGAGGCAACUCUGGAGGGUCAAGGGGAGCAGAUGAGACCAAAAGAGAAACUCCACCAAGGCCUUGUUGGCCAUGGCAGAGUAGGUGGGACGCAAGAAGUAAUCAUGUGGUUGAGGGACAAUGCAGGGGGCUCUGAGGAAAGUCUGCGGGAGUUCCCUGGCCCCCUUCCCCCAGCAGGUUCCUUCCAAACUGGCAUCACCCCCAGGCCUUGGUGGGCUGAGGCCCCUUGGCUGGGGGAGGGCCAGCCUGCCCUGUGGAGCAUCCUUCUGUUGCCACCUAGAUAUGGCACUCCCUUCUCCCAUAGCAUCCCUAUGACUGGAGCCUGGCAAGAGGUCUGGCCUCGGGACCAGAGGAGCCCACUGUCCCUGAACCUCCACAAAGGCCUUUGGAGCCAGAACCAGUUGGCCUCCUCCAGCCCCACCCCAGGUACCCUCCCCCAGGGCCCCACACAGCUCAGCCCUGGGGAGACAGAAGAGUCUGAUCAGAGGCACACAGGUGAGCUAGCAACCUGUGUGGGUCAGGUCAGCACCGCAAGCCAUCCAUCUCACCAACACCCUCCCCCACCCACUCCUGCUCGGUCUCGGCCCUAUUCUUGUUCUGUCUGUGGGAAGAGGUUUUCACUCAAACAUCAGAUGGAGACACACUACCGUGUCCACACAGGAGAGAAGCCCUUUUCCUGUAGCCUCUGUCCCCAGCGCUCCCGGGACUUCUCAGCCAUGACCAAGCACCUGCGGACGCACGGGGCCGCACCCUACCGCUGCCCUCUGUGCCAGGCCGGCUGCCCCAGCCUGGCCUCCAUGCAGGCGCACAUGCGCGGCCACUCGCCCAGUCAGCUCCCGCCGGGAUGGACCAUUCGCUCCACCUUCCUCUACUCCUCCUCCUCGAGGCCGUCUAGGACCUCGACCUCUCCCAGUAGGCCCUCUUCCUCCACCACCUGACGGGGCGUCAGUAACUUCUUUGGCUUCAGCCAAGCUUAAAAUUAAAAAGUGAAAGACGGGCCGGUGAGCAGGCUAGGCUUCUGAUUCCGCACCGCGGCUGCGGCAGCCUAGCAAACUCGGCUCCAAAAAGCGCCGCGGGAAGGGCGCCAGAAGCCCUCUCCCAGACAGCCUCGGGCAGCGGACCUGGGCCAGAGAGCCCCUGUGGGGUGAGGGCAGUGAAGUUUGCACGAGUGACGGUUAACUGUGCGGGGACUGACGAUUCAUCACCAAAAUAAAGAGUUUCCUGUGCUCUCCUCUCGGGACCAGAAAGUC